GAAAAACUCUAUAAGAAGCAAAAAACAGAAAUUGAAAAAUUAAAGAAAAAAGUAAGGACAAACUGAGAAACCUAAAACCAGAAAAAAAGGAAUCAAAACAAAGAAAGAUAAGCAAAUUAGUUUUCCUUCUUUGUUGACUCUCUCCAGAUUCUGUUUCUUCUUCCUUAAUCCAUCUCUCAAGCUUCUCCACCAUUUUCACCUUGAUUCAGCUUCUCCGAUUCAAACUCAGAUUUGAUCUCCGUUGAUUUGAUUUGACUGCGUUUUUCUGGCAAUGGAGAAGACGACUCCACCAGCGGAGGAGCUUCUAAAGAAGAUACGAGAGUUAGAAGAAAGCCAAGAGCAUCUAAAACGAGAGAUGUCGAGACUUAAAGUAUCGGCGGAGAUGAAGCAGCGUUCGCAUUCAGCAUCGCCGCAACGUCCUGUGAGGAGAAACAGUAACGACGGAACUCCGAUGUGGAGAAAAACCGGUGCGGCUUCGUUUCGUCACGCUUCUCCGUUGCGUAAGGAGAGCCAUGCGAAAGUUGCCGGCGGCGGAGGCGAGGGGCAAUCGGCAGGCAAGUUCACCGAUAAACAGUAUUUGAAUAUUUUGCAGUCUAUGGCUCAAGCUGUUCAUGUCUUCGAUCUAAAUGGCCAAAUUAUCUUUUGGAACUCAAUGGCGGAGAAGCUUUAUGGAUUCUCAGCUUCAGAAGCACUGGGGAAGGAUCCGAUUGAUAUUCUUGUAGAUGUUCAGGAUGCUUCGGUUGCACAGAAUAUCACUCGGCGUUGCAGUAGUGGAGAGAGUUGGACUGGUGAGUUUCCUGUAAAGAACAAAGCUGGAGAGAGGUUUUCAGUUGUGACUACGAUGUCUCCUUCUUAUGAUGAUGAUGGUUGUCUUAUUGGGAUCAUAUGUAUCACAAAUGAUUCGGCACUCUUUCAAGACCCGAGAGGCUCUCCGGCUAAGACAAGGAGGGGGCAAGAAGGUGAAACGAGCUUUAGUCGGGUGACUAGUAGUGUUGCAUCUAAGCUUGGUCUUGACUCGAAAGAGGCGGUUGUAUCAAAACUUGGCCUUGAUUCUCAGCAGCCUAUACAAGUUGCUAUAGCUUCAAAGAUAUCAGAUUUGGCAUCUAAGGUGGGCAACAAGGUCAAGUCGAAAAUGCGAGCAGGUGAUAAUAACGCUGCAAACCUUGAGGGUGGAAGUGGGGACAGUCAUCAAUCUGAUCAGGGUUUCUUUGAUGCUGCUUUCGCUGACCGGAGGGAGGAUGCAGCAACAAGUGGUGCUGAUACACCUAGGGGGGAUUUUAUCCAAUCUCCUUUUGGUGUAUUCUUACGUAGCGAUGAGAAAGCUUCUACAAAGCCCUUCAGAGAUUCCAGUGAUGAAAGUGAUGGAAACUCUGUUGUACCUAAAACACUGACCUCAAAAGCUGAAGAGUGGAUGGUAAAGAAAGGAUUAUCAUGGCCAUGGAAAGGGAAUGAAAGGGAAGGUUUGGAAGGAAGGCGUAGUCAUUCUGUGUGGCCUUGGGUGCGGAAUGAACAACAAAAACAACAGGCUUAUCAAAGCAAUUCUAAUCACAGUGUUAAGUCUGAAAGCCAGGCAUGUGAAAGUAUUAAGGCUUCCAGUAACGAGCCUAUGGGGUAUUGGUCUUCCUCUGUUAAUGUGAACAGCACAAGCAGUAGUAGCAGCUGUGGAAGUACCAGCAGCAGUGUUAUGAACAAGGUCGAUAUGGAUAGUGACUGCUUGGAUUAUGAAAUCUUAUGGGAAGAUUUGACAAUUGGAGAACAAAUCGGGCAAGGUUCAUGUGGAACUGUCUAUCACGGUCUAUGGUUUGGAUCCGAUGUGGCUGUAAAGGUGUUUUCCAAACAAGAAUAUUCAGAAGAGAUCAUAACAUCUUUUAGACAAGAGGUAUCGUUGAUGAAAAGACUUAGACAUCCUAACGUUUUACUGUUUAUGGGAGCCGUGACAUCACCUCAGCGUCUCUGUAUAGUGACAGAGUUCCUUCCACGUGGAAGUCUCUUCCGUUUGCUGCAGAGGAACACGUCAAAACUGGAUUGGAGGCGACGUAUCCAUAUGGCCUCGGAUAUUGCUCGUGGCAUGAAUUAUCUUCACCAUUGUACUCCACCGAUCAUUCACCGAGAUUUGAAGUCAUCAAAUCUACUGGUUGAUAAAAACUGGACCGUGAAGGUUGCUGACUUUGGUCUUUCGCGUAUCAAGCAUGAGACGUACCUCACUACAAAGACAGGAAGGGGAACGCCUCAAUGGAUGGCACCGGAAGUUCUCCGAAAUGAGGCUGCUGAUGAAAAGUCUGACGUUUACAGCUUUGGAGUAAUACUAUGGGAGCUGGUGACUGAGAAGAUCCCGUGGGAAAGUCUAAAUGCUAUGCAGGUAUAAUUUGCGUAUUUAGGUAAAUAUUGCAGCUAAUAGCUAUAUGGUCGCUGUUAAAAUGCAUCUAGUCCACCAACCCUAUCAAUAUGCUGUACUCAGUAAAGGGUAUUAGGAAAGCAUACUACUCAUUUUUGAUAUUUAGUAAUAUCAAUAUAUGAAUGUAAAACAGUACAAUGAAUGAUCUUUUACUGUAAAUAAAUACUUCCUGUGACUGCAAGUCCAGUGAGUUGAUGAUUGUUUUUUUGGGGGCAAAUUGAAAGGGUAAAUUUGUAUGAAUUAGAGCCGUCUUGAACAUCCCUUCUGCUUAAGAAAGUUUGCAUAUUAUGUUGUGAACACACAAAGUGAACCAAAUAUGAAGAGAAUUCUAUUUAGGAUACUUGCAGGUGAUUGGAGCUGUAGGGUUCAUGAACCAGAGACUGGAAGUCCCGAAAAAUGUUGAUCCUCAGUGGAUUUCUUUAAUGGAAAGCUGCUGGCAUAGUGAACCGCAGGACAGACCAUCGUUCCAAGAAAUUAUGGAGAAACUAAGAGAGCUUCAAAGAAAGUACACUAUACAGUUUCAGGCGGCUCGUGCUGCAUCAAUAGAAAACUCUGCCCUCAAGGAAAAAUAAACCAUUAAAUGGACCGAGCGGAGUCUGAUUAUGCGUUGAGAAAGCUGAGCUACAUAAGCAAAGCAGAAAGGUGUUUCAUGUUUGCGUUGAAGCGCAAUGACGAGAAGCACCAAAAAGAAGGGUUUUGGUAUAUGCAAACAUAUUCUCUCGAGCCAUUCUUUUGUAUGGAAUUGAUUCUGAAAACGUCAUCGAUUGCGAGGCGAGCUAAAGAGGUUAUUUAUGUAAAACCAUUAUGCCUGUGACAGACCCAAUUUUUUAAGAAUAGUCUGUACAGGUGAAAGUAUGAGAUAGAAUCAAGAUUUGGAACACUGAUUCUGAGUAAAUAUUGCCAUUUUUAUUGGAACAUGCCUUGUUAAUGUUUGGAGUCAGGUUAUUCUAUUUUCUUUCUUAAAAA